AUGUUCGCGCCCUACCAAGCCGAUCCGCCCGAGGCUUCUCGCUCUCCAGACAUCGCAUCCCCACGCGCCUCCCUCGAGCGCCGAUCCUUCUCGCCUGCCAACUACCAGAAGCGAUCGAACCAGGCGAGCCCUCCGCCCCUCCAGCACCCGCAGCCCCAGCGCAGCUGGCAGGCGACGGGCUAUAAUAAUAUCGUCCCGAGCCCCAGCUAUCAGAGCCCCGCCCCGGCAGCCUCGAGGCCAUCCGGGGGAGCCAGCGGAGGGGAUAGUUACUUUGGGAACAUCAGUGGCGGAUUUGCUGCAGAAAGGGAAGGAAUCAACGAGUUCGACACGAGUCUAGGCAUCCGGCUGGACUACGAGGCGUGUCUGGCCUAUCUGGCACUGCCGCCUCUGGGUGCGAUCCUCCUGCUUAUCCUGGAGAGAAAGAGCGACUAUGUCAGGUUCCAUGCGUGGCAGUCGGCGCUGCUCUUCACCGUCAUCUUCAUUCUGCAUCUCGUAUUCUCGUGGUCGACCUUCUUUGGCUGGCUCUUCUUCCUUGGCGACCUUGCGCUGAUUGCGUUCCUGACUAUAAGGGCGUAUCGCGAUGCCGACAUGCUGGACAGGUUUGAAGUGCCUUUCUUUGGUCAGAUCGCAAGCAGAUUUCUGGACGAUGAAUAG